GUAUUUCUUUCAUAACGACGACUGCACUCUGAGAAUCAGAGACCUGAGAGAGAGUGACUCUGCUGAGUACAAGUUCAGGUUCAUAACAAACCGUGGUGGUUUCACUGGUUCACCUGGAGUCACUCUGUCUGUUACAGACCUCCAGGUGCAGGUGACAAGAUCAUGGACCCAGGGAGAGCUGAGGUGUCACAGCAGCUGUAAUGUACCUGAUAAUCCUUCAUAUGUCUGGUUCAAUAAUGGACAGAAAAUGGAUGGAGAAACAUCUUCUUCUCUCAGAGUCUCUGUUGAAGAUAACAACAGCUAUUCCUGUGCUGUUACAGGAUAUGAAGAUUACCGCUCUCCUCCAGUGUAUGCUCCAAAGGUUGGUCCCCUGUCUCUGACUCCCACUGGGGAGAUCAGAGAGAACAGGAGAGUGACUCUGACCUGUAGCAGUGAUGCUAACCCAGCAGCUACUUAUACCUGGUACAAGGAUGGUAAACCUCUCUAUAAAAAGACACAGAUUGUCUUCAGCUCCAUCCAGUCCUCUGACUCUGGACGUUAUUACUGUACAGCUGAGAACAAGUUGGGGAGGAGGACAUCUGAAUCCAUCUCUAUUGAUGUGAAAUAGACCAGAGGAGCAGCUAUGAGUUUAACAGCAGCAGCGAGUGGAUUUGUUGUCUUCCUUCUCUCUGUACAAGUGAUACAGGGUCAGGAUGGCUGGGGAGUGACUUACACCUCUACUCAGAUCUGUGCUGUUAAAGGAUCAACAGUGAACAUACCCUGCAGCUACACAUACCCAUCCUGGAGGAAAGGCAGUGUUACUACAGUUGAGAAAACAUUAUGGUUUACUAAAAUGAAUAAUUAUGAACCUGUAGAUCUGACAACAGACUCAGAAUAUUCACGUCGUGUGCAGUACAGUUCUAAUAACAAGGACUGCACUCUGAGAAUCUCAGACCUGAGAGAGAGAGACUCAGCUGUGUACAAGUUCAGGUUCACAACAAACCAAGAAGGUGGAAGAUAUACCGGUUCACCUGGAGUCACUUUGUCUGUCACAGCAGGUCUCCAGGUGAUAUCACAUUCUAACAGGCUGGAGUGUCGGAGCAGUUGUCGUCUACCUAAUAAUCCUUCCUAUGUCUGGUACAAGAAUGGACAGGAAAUUCAGGCAAAAACAUCUUAUUAUUUAUACCCUGUGAAUAAGUCAGACAGCUAUUCCUGUGCUCUUCAAGGAUAUAAGGAUUUCCCCUCUCCUUCAGUGUGUGUCCAAGGUGAAUCCUGCAACAGAGUGACGUACACUGACAGAAGCAUCUGCGCCUCCAAAGGCUCUUCAGUGAACAUUUCCUGCUUGUACAACAGCUACAAUUAUCCUGACAAAUCAACAUUCUGGUUCAGUCGUGAGCGUAAUCAUCGAGGGCAGAAUCCUUCCCAGCCUGAAGACCUUAGUACAGACUCCCAGUAUACAGGUCGUGUUCAUGUUGAAACAGAGAGAGGACGCUCCACUCUGAGAAUCUCUGACCUGAGAGAGAGAGACUCAGCUGAGUAUCACUUCAAGUUCAUAACACCAAGAUUUGAAUGGAGUAGUUUACCUGGAACAACUCUGACUGUCACAGCUCUGCAGGUGCAGGUGAUCAGAGUAACAGUCCAGCAGUCUUCUACCGAGGCAGAGCUGAAGUGUCACAGCAGCUGCAGUCCAGCUGGUGGUCUCUCCUACGUCUGGUUCAAGAACAGAGAACACAUUACCUCGGUGGAGACAUCUACUUAUACAACCUGGUUUAAUCCCACAGACGUCUUCUCCUGUGGGUUGAAAGGACAUGAGAAGUUCCCCUCUCCUUCAGUGUUGAUACAGGGUCAGGAUGGCUGGGGAGUGACUUACACCUCUACUCAGAUCUGUGCUGUUAAAGGAUCAACAGUGGAAAUACACUGCAGCUACACAUACCCAUCCUGGUGGGAAGGCAGUGUUACUAGAGUUGAGCGAACAUUCUGGUUCACUAAGUUGCAGAAUGAAGAGCCUGUGGAUCUGAGAACAGACUCAAAGUAUUCAGGUCGUGUGCAGUACAGGUGUCAUGAGAAGAGCUGCACUCUGAGAAUCUCAGACCUGAGAGAGAGAGACUCUGCUGAGUACAAGUUCAGGUUCACAACAAACCAAGAAGGUGGAAGAUAUACUGGUUCACCUGGAGUCACUUUGUCUGUCACAGGUCUCCAGGUACAGAUACGUGGAUCAAGAUCAUGCCGUUCUGAAACCUGUACAUGGGCACAGCUGAAGUGUCACAGCAGUUGUAGCCUACCUGGUCGUUCUUCCUACAUCUGGUACAAGAAUGGAGAGAAAAUAAAUAAAGAAACAUCAUCUUCUUAUUCAGACUACUUUUAUCCUCCUGACAGCUAUUCCUGCGCCCUUAAUGCAUAUGAGGAUUCCCCCUCUCCUUCAGUGUGUGGCCAUGGACAUUCAUGCAACACAGUGACGUACACUGACAGAAGUGUCUGCGCCUUCAAAGGUUCUUCAGUGGACAUUUCUUGCACUUACAAAAGUCUUAACUCUAUCACAUCAACAUUCUGGUUCAGUCCUGAACGUAGUCAUCGUUGGCAGAAUCCUUCCCAGCCUGAAGACCUUAGUACAGACUCCCAGUAUACAGGUCGUGUUCAUGUUGAAACAGAGAGAGGACGCUCCACUCUGAGAAUCUCUGACCUGAGAGAGAGAGACUCAGCUGAGUAUCACUUCAAAUUCAAGACACCAAACUUUGAGUGGAGGAGUUUACCUGGAACAACUCUGACUGUCACAGCUCUGCAGGUGCAGGUGAUCAGAGUAACAGUCCAGCAGUCUUCUACCGAGGCAGAGCUGAAGUGUCACAGCAGCUGCAGUCCAGCUGGUGGUCUCUCCUACGUCUGGUUCAAGAACAGAGAACACAUUACCUCGGUGGAGACAUCUACUUAUACAACCUGGUUUAAUCCCACAGACGUCUUCUCCUGUGGGUUGAAAGGACAUGAGAAGUUCCCCUCUCCUUCAGUGUUGAUACAGGGUCAGGAUGGCUGGGGAGUGACUUACACCUCUACUCAGAUCUGUGCUGUUGAAGGAUCAACAGUGGAAAUACACUGCAGCUACAGAUACCCAUCCUGGUGGAAAGGCAGUGCUACUAGAGUAGAGAAAACAUUAUGGUUUACUAAAAUGAAUUAUCAUGAACCUGUAGAUCUGACAACAGUCUCAGAAUAUUCAGGUCGUGUGCAGUACAGUUCUAAUGACAAGGACUGCACUCUGAGAAUCUCAGACCUGAGAGAGAGAGACUCAGCUGUGUACAAGUUCAGGUUCACAACAAACCAAGAAGGUGGAAGAUAUACCGGUUCACCUGGAGUCACUUUGUCUGUCACAGCAGGUCUCCAGGUGAUAUCACAUUCUAACAGGCUGGAGUGUCGGAGCAGUUGUCGUCUACCUAAUAAUCCUUCCUAUGUCUGGUACAAGAAUGGACAGGAAAUUCAGGCAAAAACAUCUUAUUAUUUAGACCAUGUGAAUAAGUCAGACAGCUAUUCCUGUGCUCUUCAAGGAUAUAAGGAUUUCCCCUCUCCUUCAGUGUGUGUCCAAGGUGAAUCCUGCAACAGAGUGACGUACACUGACAGAAGCAUCUGCGCCUCUGAAGGCUCUUCAGUAAACAUUUCCUGCUUGUACAACAGCUACAAUUAUCCUGACAAAUCAACAUUCUGGUUCAGUCGUGAGCGUAAUCAUGGAGGGCAGAAUCCUUCCCAGCCUGAAGACCUUAGUACAGACUCCCAGUAUACAGGUCGUGUUCAUGUUGAAACAGAGAGAGGACGCUCCACUCUGAGAAUCUCUGACCUGAGAGAGAGAGACUCAGCUGAGUAUCACUUCAAGUUCAUAACACCAAGAUUUGAAUGGAGUAGUUUACCUGGAACAACUCUGACUGUCACAGCUCUGCAGGUGCAGGUGAUCAGAGUAACAGUCCAGCAGUCUUCUACCGAGGCAGAGCUGAAGUGUCACAGCAGCUGCAGUCCAGCUGGUGGUCUCUCCUACGUCUGGUUCAAGAACAGAGAACACAUUACCUCGGUGGAGACAUCUACUUAUACAACCUGGUUUAAUCCCACAGACGUCUUCUCCUGUGGGUUGAAAGGACAUGAGAAGUUCCCCUCUCCUUCAGUGUUGAUACAGGGUCAGGAUGGCUGGGGAGUGACUUACACCUCUACUCAGAUCUGUGCUGUUAAAGGAUCAACAGUGGAAAUACGCUGCAGCUACACAUACCCAUCCUGGUGGAAAGGCAGUGUUACUAGAGUUGAGAGAACAUUCUGGUUCACUAAGUUGCAGGAUAAAGAUCCUGUGGAUCUGAGAACAGACUCAAAGUAUUCAAGUCGUGUGCAGUACAGUUGUCAUGAGAAAAUCUGCACUCUGAGAAUCUCAGACCUGAGAGAGAGAGACUCAGCUGUGUACAAGUUCAGGUUCACAACAAACCAAGAAGGUGGAAGAUAUACCGGUUCACCUGGAGUCACUUUGUCUGUCACAGGUCUCCAGGUGCAGAUACGUGGAUCAAGAUCAUGCCGUUCUGAAACCUGUACAUGGGCAGAGCUGAAGUGUCACAGCAGUUGUAGCCUACCUGGUCGUUCUUCCUACAUCUGGUACAAGAAUGGAGAGAAAAUAAAUAAAGAAACAUAUUCUUAUUCAGACUACUUUUAUCCUCCUGACAGCUAUUCCUGCGCCCUUAAUGCAUAUAAGGAUUCCCCCUCUCCUUCAGUGUGUGGCCAUGGACAUUCAUGCAACACAGUGAUGUACACUGACAGAAGCGUCUGCGCCUUCAAAGGUUCUUCAGUGGACAUUUCUUGCAAUUACAGCAGUUACAGAGAUCAAGUUGAAUCUACAUUCUGGUUCAGUCCUGAACGUAGUCAUCGGUGGCAGAAUCCUUCCCAGCCUGAAGACCUUAGUACAGACUCCCAGUAUACAGGUCGUGUUCAUGUUGAAACAGAGAGAGGACGCUCCACUCUGAGAAUCUCUGACCUGAGAGAGAGAGACUCAGCUGAGUAUCACUUCAAAUUCAAGACACCAAACUUUGAGUGGAGGAGUAGUUUACCUGGAACAACUCUGACUGUCACAGAUCAAGAUCUGCAGGUGCAGGUGAUCUGGUCUUCGACUGGUCCAAAGCUGAUUUGUCACAGCAGCUGUCUUACUGACCGCUCUUCCUUCCUUUGGUACAAGAAUGGAACAAUGAUUCAGGGAGAAACAUCUCCUUCUUACGGAGGUCAGGUUGAUCCUGCAGACAGCUAUUCCUGUUCUUACCAGAGAUACCGCUCUACUCCAGUGUAUGCUCCGAAGACUUUCUCUGUGUCGAGGACUCCCCCUGGUGACAUUAUGAAGAAUGAUUCAGUGACUCUGACCUGUAGCAGUGAUGCUAACCCAGAAGCUAAAUACACCUGGUACAAGGAGAACCAAAAACUGAUCAGUGAAGAACCACAGCUCGUCUUCAGCUCCAUCCAGCCCUCUGACUCUGGACAGUAUUACUGUACAGCUCAGAAUGAGCUCGGGAGGAGGACAUGUGAAUCUGUAUUUAUUAAUGUGAAUUAUGCUCCAAAGCUUCCCUCUGUGUCAGUGAGUCCAUCUGCUGAGAUAGUGGAGGGCAGUUCAGUGAAUCUGACCUGUAGCAGUGAUGCUAACCCAGCAGGUCAAUACACCUGGUACAAGGAGAACCAAACACUACUUCAAGGACCAGAGAGCAUCUAUCAUUUCCCCUCCAUCAGCUCUGAGGACAGAGGCAACUACCACUGCAAGUCUGAGAAUCAGUUUGGACGGACCAACUCUACGUCUCUACUCUUAGAUGUCCAGUAUGGUCCAAAGCUUCCCUCUGUGUCAGUGAGUCCCUCUGCUGAGAUAGCGGAGGGCAGUUCAGUGAAUCUGACCUGUAGCAGUGAUGCUAACCCAGCAGCUAACUACACCUGGUACAAGGGGAAUGAAGACUCACCAAAAGCAUCAGGACAGAUCUUCACCAUCACUGACUUCAGAGCUGAACACAGUGGGAAUUAUUACUGUGAAGCCCAGAACAGAAGAGGACGUCAGAACUCCACCUUACAUCUGACUGUUGUAGCAGAUAAAUCAACAAUAACACUGAUAACAAACAGCAUCAGGUUGACUCUGGUGGGGGUUGGGGGGCUGAUUCCUCUGCUGCUUUGUUGUCGCAGGAUGAGGAAGAAGAAAGCUCUGAGCUCCACCACUGAACCAAAUGAACCCAUAGAGACUGUGGAGUUAGACUCUUGUCCUGAGUAUGAGGACAUCUCAGAGACUGCAGCACAGACAGAAGACCCAGAGGAGCAGGAAGACCUGGUGUGAGGGGGGGAUUCUGAGAAAGAACUCAUCAAAACUUUAUGUGGUUUUCUUCACAUGCAGUCAAACCAGAGGGAGACUCACAUGUAGGAAAACAAAAAGAAGUCUUUAACUC